GGGCUGUACGGAGAGAGGAAAAGAAGAGAGAGAGAGAGGGGGCUGUAUGGAGAGAGGAAAAAAGAGGCCUACAGACAGAGUGGAUGCAAGAAUGUGCUGAAGGGAGGGAGGGAGACGUCCUCACGGUCAUCAGACGAGCGGAUGAAAACUGGAUUGAAGGAAAGCUGGGAGACAAAGUUGUCAUUUUCCCUUUCCAGUUCACUGAGCAGCAUCACUCUGCUCCACUCUGCCUCCUGCUUGUCUCAACAUCCGUCACGACUGACUGCCUGUCUCAACGGGGGCUUUUCUGCCUGCCUGCCUGCCUGCCUGCCUGCCUGCCUGCCUGCCUGCCUGCCUGCCUGCCUGCCUGCCUGCCUGCCUGCCUGCCUGCCUGCCUGACUGACUGACUGACUGCCUAGAGAGCCUAGAGAGCCUAGCCAACAAGUGCAGCAUGACAGCUAAGGAGUGAGAGAAUACAGGCUCUUUAAAACAGCUGCGUCACAGAUCAGAGAUGACCACAGUGGUGAUCCAAGGGAUGGCAGCCAAUCACAGCGGCAGCAGCCAAGCUUCUGGAGGGAAAGACCUGGAAGGGGAGUGACUUCUUGGCUGGACCUCGCCCAAGGAUCAGGAGUGAGAGUGGGUUUAGCAACAGUGGGACCAGUGACUCAACAAACCCUAACUGGACAACCUGCUUCAGGGUGCCCCAGAGCCCCACGAAGACCCCCAAUAUUUCUGCUCUCAACAGCCUGAACCUUCAGGGUGACCAGAAGCCAGCCGUCCCACCCCUCCGCCCCCCUUGCCAGUCACAGCUCCUCUAACCGCUCAGGCUCAGGUGUGACCUCCCAGCGCGUGAAGCGAAGCACUGGCAGACACCUGUCACAACAGGAGGAGUAGAAAGAGGAGGACGAGAAGGGUCCAGAGCGCCCCUCUGUGUUGAUCCCUCACAUGAUGACGAUGAGCGAGAGGAAGAUGAGUAGUGGUGAAGCUCCUCCCACCAUCACCAUGGAUCUGAUCAACCCCCAGACCCCCUCCGCCUCAGCCGACACCAAACAGUCUUCCACUCAGCAGCUCUCCAUCAGUGUGUGUGCUGCUCUGUACUCCUACAAGCCCCGUCGUUCUGAGGAACUGGAGCUGAGGAAGGGGGAGAUGGUGGGGGUGUAUGGGAAGUUUAAGGAGGGCUGGCUCCGAGGCCUCUCUCUACGGACAGGCAAAGUGGGCAUUCUGCCCGGCAACUAUGUCACACCUGUCCUCAGAACCUCUGCCAGGCUCUUGGAUUCCAAGGCAGUGACGGCAGGCCCUGGUACAGUCUCUGGAAGAAGAACCUCCUCGUCCUCCAAAACGCCAGCGGUGGUUCUAGCUCUCCACAGGGUCAACUCAGAUGGCACUAGUUACUCUACUCGACAACGGGUUCCGCAGCAGUCCAUAUCCUUGGCCACGCAGCCUAUGAUAUCAUCAGGCGGCGCCAUGAGACAAUCCCUGCAUGGGGUGGGCUCGGAGGGAUGGGACACAGUGAGGAGGGUCUUCCAUCGUUCACACAGAGGCUCAUCUCAGCGGGGAAAACACUACCCCCACACCACCAUCUCAUCCAGCUCAGCCCUUCAAUCCCAGACCCACAGUCAGAGCUCGUCCCAGAGCUCGUCCCAGUGCAGUAACCACUACCCCCACACUACCACCGCUACCUCAGGCCUUCAGCCCCAUUCUCAGUCCCAAUCUCACAGCCAGAACUUUAGCCACAUCCAGGGCCCUGGCUUCUCCCCUGCUCUGCUCAGGAAGAAACAACACAUGAGCAUCCUGCCCAAUCACAACAGAUCUCUGGCCUGGAUGUCUGAAGGGCCAGCGCCCUCUAGUGGUAGUUCUAUGAAGGACAGGGACACUGCUGCAAGAGAGGCGUUUGAUAGGCAGGUGUUGGAGACGAGGCAGGUGUUGGAGACGAGGCAGGUGUUGGAGACGAGGCAAGCAGCAUCGAAUGGUCAGCACUCCAUACAUUCUAUCCUAGUGAGACCAGACGCCCUCAAGAACAACACAGAGAAGCCCACCAAGUCAGUGCGGUUCCUGAUCCAGCCUGAUUCCCCUCUACCACGGCCCAGGAUCACCUCCCUACCCUCGGGUAGCCAGCCCCCCGCCAGUACCCGGCCUGGUCCACCUCCCCUGGAGGUCUGGGCUCCAUCACUCACACUGGGGCGAGACGGGCCUGGGAUCAUACUGAAAGAAGGCAAGGCUCCUGUUCUUAGGAAAGGUCUGGAGACAAACCCCUCUGAUGUUCUGACUUCCAAUCAGAAACCUACGUCUUCAUUAUCAUCAUCAGCACCAUCUGCGUCAAUACAGUCCAGCAGCCCUAGCAGACACAGAGUAGGGACGUCCUACCAGGCCCAGACAGAGUCAGAAAUGAGUCUGAUGCAGGGUGAGCCUGUCCUGCUUCAUAGGCAUCGGCCUGACGGACGAGUUCUGCUCACCCAGGAGAGCAGUGGCCACACGGGCCUCUUCCAUAGCAGUGUUCUACAGUUCCUAGACCGGUUCAGUUGACGGCCUGUAGUGUUUAGUUUUUAUAUGUGUGUUUUUCACAUAGAAAUAGAAUGACUAGAAUGGGGGAAGCUCCUUAGACCGUGACAAUUUGAUAUGCAACCCCAUCACAUAACGUUGACUUGAAAAGGAAUGUCCAUUCUAGAAAUUCUAUUUCUAUGGAUCUCCACGCUUUGACACUGCCAAACGAGAUGCCAAAUCUGUGGAAGAGUGUGCAUGUGUAUUUUAUGUGUGUUGAAAAUAAUGUAUUAUAUUACUGCCAUAUAGUGACCAAAUACAAGGGGGAAAAAACGUUUUCCCCUUGAGAUUCCUUGGGCCUGUUUUAAACUGUAGACAUAACUAUAAGGUUCUGAGAUAUAUUUGUGUAUUUUUUGAUGUGCAGAAGCAUGAGUUGCACAUAGACCUACUGUAUACAGUUAUUUUUACCAAUCCGUUGCACAAACCCAACUCAGACCAAUGUUUUGCAUAAAGAAUGAGUGUUUUCUUUAUUCAAGAGCUAAAGGACACACUGUUCAGUGCCUUUGCAAAGCCCACAGAGUCUAGAUUUGAAAAACAAUAACAGUGUUUUUACCAGAGGCUAAAUGUAUACAAAGUGAUGAUCAUAUAGUGGUAAUAAACAAUGCUUUUGUCAACUAUAGCAUGCAUUUGUUACAUUCUCAACGUGAUUUUGCUGAAUAACUGCACACUCCAUGGUAUGUGUUCUGUCCUGUACAUUGAAUACUUUUCUGAUAACAGAGACACAUGUGUCCUAAGGGAUUCUCCUUCUCUGCUCUUUGAGUGCUGAAAAUAAAUAAUGUAUGACACA